AUGCCAGGCAUCUGGGACGCCACAAACACUGCAGUCAACCCACCAACGAGGUCUGCUGAAUACCACCAGAACAUCGUUAUCCUGUCAAAUGGUGGCCUUCUUACCCUGUUGGCGUCCACGCGACCGGAAAUAUUCGGUAGGAGUGUUGCGCUGCUGCCAAAGGUGGAUCGUCAAGCUGCACAACACGCCGACGUGACAGUGAUGGAGGCAAUUUCAGAGGCGGCGGGUGAUGUACUGCCGGGCAAGAGGAGUGGCCGUCCUGCCAUCACUCGCAAGCUCGCGUCGUACGGCAAAGAUCUGAGCGAGCGUCUGGUCAAGUCAUAUAACCACGCCUUCGACAGUCCUCACCGGGCUGGCGUCACGGUCAACGGCUUCUCAUACAUGAGCACAGAAGAACUCGCACUGGCACUAUACGUGGGCUCACAUGCCUCAUCCGAAAACACCAAGCGCGCUCACGUCUACCGCCUGGAGGUCACCAACGGCUCUGGUUUUGAUCUCCGGGCCGUGCGGCAAUUGAAAGAGCGGCAAUUUCCCCACCUGCGAGCAGUCGAGAUCUGCCAAUGUCCAGAGUUCUCAGUCCACACCAUCUUGACCGAUGACUUUGACUCAAGUGACGACGACUCGAACAACGGAUCAGAAGAUGAGUGCACUGACGAAGCCGAUGCGCCAAUUAUUUGGAAGAAGCUCGACGCGCUUCAACAUUCUGUCGAUUUCGAUCUCUGCGAGCCACAGCCGAAGCGUGCUGCCCAUAUGGGCGUCGAUUCUCAUGCUUACAUCUUGUGGCAUGAGGCCACUCCAUACAGCAUUGCAGCGGCCAUCAUCUGGUACAAGCCAGAUCGGGUUCUCGAGUCGCCUAAAUUGCUCCGACAGCUGUUCUCCUUCUUGAACAAACGAGACCGCGCGUACCGCACUGACUCCAUGGACCCAGAAACGCUCCGAAAUCGGAAACCUCGACCGCAUUUGGAACGCCUUUCAUUUGAGGACUUCUCCUCCUCGCCGAUCUCAUCAAAGGCGAUACUACAGGCGACCGGGCAAUGA